CGCCGCGCGCAUUGUUUUCUGCCGUCCUCCCAUGGAAAGCACGGUGAACAUCGCGGGGUGGAGCUGACCGCAAAUUGGCCACGCGCGUCUCGGCGCGUUUGUCCGCAACGGGAAGCUGUUAUGAGACCCGAGUGGACACGCGUUUAAAUUCGCGUGGACGACGUUUGAUCGCGAGGUGACGCGAGUCGAAGCAAGAUUCUGCGAACUGAUAACUUUUAAGUGUACCACACCUGAAUUCGUUCAAUUCUGACUCACACAACACAGUCGUAAUGUGAAUAAUAUUCUGUUAAAUCGCGCGUUAUUCGCGAAUAUAUAGGCUUCAUAUUGACUAGAAGAGGAAAAAAUGGGGCAGACGCUCAGCGAGCCGAUAACGAAGAAGAAGUCGGCCUGUUGCCGGGAUAGCAACUACCGGGUGGGCAGCUCCUGCAUGCAGGGAUGGCGCAUCAAGAUGGAGGAUUCGCACGUGCACAUACUCUCCUUGCCUAAUGACCCAGGCACCGCGUUCUUCGCCGUCUACGACGGGCACGGAGGCGCAGCCAUGGCGCAACAUGCUGGAAAGCACCUGCACGAAUAUAUAAUCAGGAGAAGCGAAUACAAGGCGGGUGACAUUGUGGAGGGCAUACAGCAAGGUUUCCUGGAACUGGACAGAGCGAUGCAGACUAAUGCCGCGCUCAGGGACGAGCAUGCCGGGACGACCGUAAUCGCGCUUCUCAUCAAGGACAAUAUUUUGUAUAGCGCUAACGCGGGUGAUAGCAGAGCGGUGGCUUGCAUCAACGGCCAAACGGUGCCCCUGAGUCGAGACCACAAGCCCACAUUGAAGGACGAACGGAAACGUAUCGAGGCGGCGGGUGGUUUCGUCGAGUACAAAAGAGUGAACGGCAAUCUGGCGCUGUCCCGUGCCCUCGGUGAUUUCAUAUUCAAGCGAAACGAUCAUAAACCGCCGCAGGAGCAGAUCGUGACCGCAUGCGAUGGUAUCUGGGAUGUGAUGACCAGCGAGGAGGUGGUGCAGUUCGUGAGAACGCGCUUAGCAAGGGACGUCGGCGUCGAGGCGGCGAACUCCACGAUACAUCCUGAGGAAAUCUGUGAAGAGCUUUUAAACAGUUGCUUGGCGCCGGACGCUCUCAUGGGUACCGGCUGCGACAACAUGACGAUGAUACUUGUGUGCUUUCUCCACGGCAAACCGUGUUCGCACUUAAUUUCGCGUUGCCAAAAGCCACCGUCGAAUAUAGAUGAUAUCGAUUUAUAAUUGAUAACAGUUUUAGGCUCCUAACAAUAUUUUAUCAACGUUUUACCUAAAUUAUUACGGGCAUUUUUACUUUUAUCGUGAUUCGUACGUGACUUGAUACGUGACUUUUUACAUAGUAAUAUUUGUUGUACAAUCGCGUAUAUUACGUAAUGUAUUGGCUCUGUUAUGAAGAGAUGAAGCACACAUAUUUAUAAAAUACAUUGUAUUUAUAUUUUCA